AUGGAUUGCUGUACUAUAAGUUUAAUCGUUGUCGUGUCAGUUUUUACACUGACCUUUAUUUGGAACAUCAGAUGUCCAAAGAAAAUGAAGCUUGACGGAACGCACGUGCUGAUAACAGGAGGUUCCAGUGGGAUUGGGAAGGAGAUAGCCAAGUUGGUGAUCAGUCGAGGUGCUAAAGUGAGCAUAAUGGCACGCAAUCAGAAAAAGCUUACUGAAGCCAAGGAAGAAAUUGAAAGAUGUAGGAAGUCUGAGAGUACAGAGGCAAUUGUCUGUGUGGUAGCAGAUGUGGCAAAAGAUGCUGAACUUGUAGAAAAUGCUGUUUGUGAGGCAGAAAGGCAAAAUGGGCCUGUCCAGAUGUUGGUAAACUGUGCUGGAUUUUCCAUCAGUGGAAGAUUUGAUGAUCUGAAACCAAGUGAUUUUAAGAACCAAAUGGAUGUGAACUAUCUUGGGACUGUUUACGCUACCAAAGCUGUGAUGGAGUCCAUGAAGACACUUGGCUGUGGCCGCAUCGUCUUUCUCUCCUCUCAGGCUGGUCAGAUAGGACUGUUUGGUUACACCAGCUACUCUCCUGCUAAGUUUGCUCUCACAGGGCUGGCACAGGCUCUUCAAAUGGAGGUGAAGCCGUACAAUAUCCAUGUGACAUUAUCCUUUCCUCCUGACACAGAGACUCCUGGAUAUAAAGCUGAAUUGGAGGGGAAGCCAAGAGAAACUGUCCUAAUAUCAGAGACCUCAGGAGUAUUCCAAGCAGAUGUAGUGGCCAAAACAAUUGUGGAAGACAGCUUGAGAGGACGGUUCCAGAGUUGGAUAGGUUUGGAUGGCUUUAUGUUGGCGUGUAUGACCUGUGGGAUGUCACCGGUCACUUCAGUUAUGGAUGCAUUGUCACAGAUUGUGACAGCAAGUGUUUUCCGCUUGGUAUCCUUGUUUUAUCUCACUCACUUUGAUGGUAUUGUCAGCAAGUGCAAGAAAGAAAGAGAUGCAGAGAAGAAAAAGACUUCCUGAUGAAGGAAAAUUUUUUCCUCGCCGGAAGGCAAACAUUCAGAGAGAUGAUUACACAUGACCUAUUUAUGAUGAUGUAUUGACAUUUAACUAUUUAGAGGAAUAGCAAGUAAUAUUGCAGUUUAUUUGCAGUGAACUGUUUCAUGGGUGAAUUGAUGUUAUUCGUUUUGAACCAACAAAGUUGGCAGGUUAGUGUAUUAUAAGGUUCAGUAUUCACAACGAUUGAAAAAAGUAGUGUGUGGCAAUCUCCUUUACCAAAAUUAGUGCUUACAAAUGUCAUAGCUUUAUGUUAUAGUAAUCAAAAUGCCAGUUUGGCCAUGGGUCUUAAUGAAAAUGCAAUGCAAAUAGAGCUAACUUAUGGAUGCCAUGUGUCUUGGUUUACUGUCCUGUGAUAUAGCAUCCUGAUAUCAAAUAAGGUCACAGUGACUUUGUGUUUUUGUUUACAUUGAUUUUAGCUCAAAUCAUAGCAUACAGGGUAUUCAAAGUAGAAUAUAUCAUUAGGUAUGUAGUGAUAUCCUGAAAAUCAUAAUUAAUAGUAUGUCACGUACAUUAAUAGGUCCCUACACACUGGGUUUCAUACUUCAGUGAUUUUGGCUAUUUUCCGGUGAACCAUUUUCUUGUUGGAGUUUCUCUGAUUCUUUUCAAAUGUACGACUGAGUGGUGAGGAUUUUGUUUUAGACUUAAGCUUGUCAAUUCCAUUUCUUGUUGAAAGUGGCUUGAAGAAAAUGUACAAGCUAUGGCAUGAUUGCAUAUAUUUGGUUGUAAUAAAUGUCUAUGUGUGUGUAAUCAAGUAAACAAAGGAAGAAGAAUGACUGACAGAUAAAUGAAUGACAGAAGAAACAAACAGUUUGUUUUUCACUACGUUGAUGUAUGAGUUCUCAACCAUCCUUAUACAUUUGUACAUUCAAAAAAUUUUAAAUGGCCUUAAUAUCAUAGCUCUAUUUAUAUUUUUAUAUAAGAUUUUUUUUUAUAUAUAUGAAAUAAUAUAAUAUCAUAGUGUAACACA